AAUCUAGUCCACGUGACACGGCCGACCCCGGGUAUGUCGAGCACUUCCGCAUCAUCCAGAUAUCGACCUUUCCUCCCCCGAAUCCAAUCCCGUGUGAUAACUCCCAGCAACUUCACAAUGGCUGCUGUUAUUAAGGCAAUCAACGCCAAGAUCCGCUCCAACUCGGUGCUGGACUAUGUCUGCUCAACCCACUUCUGGGGCCCUGUCUCCAAUUUCGGUAUCCCCAUUGCCGCUGUGAUGGACACACAGAAGGACGCUGAGAUCAUCUCCGGCCCCAUGACCGGUGCCCUCGUUGUCUACGCUGCCACCUUCAUGCGCUACUCCCUUGCUAUCACCCCCAAGAACUACCUCCUCUUCGCAUGCCACUUGACCAACUUCGGCGCCCAGACUACCCAGGGAUUCCGUUAUCUCAACUACUGGAAGUGGGGAGGUCGGGAAAAGCAGCUCGCCGAGCAGGCUGGUAAGGGCGGCGCAGCCGCCGAGGCCGGUGCUUAA